AUGGCUACUGACAACACCACCCUGGACUCUCCCAACGGGAGCAGCUGUGACGUGUUUGUCUACCAACAAGCCGCAGUGGUCCUCUUCCCCAGCUUCUACUCGCUGGUAUUAAUCAUCAGCGUGUGUGGCAACACUUUGGUCCUCUUGGUGAUCUGCAAGAAGCAACAAAAGUUCAAUUCCACCGCCGUCUACCUGCUCAACCUGGCCUUGUCGGACAGCCUCUUCACACUGACACUGCCAGGCAGGAUUGUUUACUACAUCCUGCACUUCGACUGGCCCUUUGGAGACCUACUGUGCAGAAUGAGUACGCUUCUAUUCUUCGCGAACACCUAUGCAGGUAUUGGCUUCAUGACCUGCAUCAGUCUGGACCGCUACCUGGCCGUUGUGCACCCUCAUCGGCUGCGCUGUCUGCGGCAGAUCAACGUGGUCCGCUGGGUCUGCUGUUUGGUUUGGGCUCUAGUGUCUGCGCAGGUAGCUCCUCUGCUCUUCCGCAGCAUGCUGCAGCAGCAGCACGGGAGGCGGACCUGCAUGGAGUACUUCAAUGUGGACGGCUCCCGCUGGAUGCCACACUUCCUACUUCUGGCCUGUGUUGUCUCCUUCUGCAUCCCCCUGGUUGCCAUCCUGGGCUCCUACGCUAGGAUCCAUUUGAAGCUGCGACUGGCGGCCGGGCGCAACUCCGCGGGCUUGUCGAGGAAGAACCACAGAGCCAACGCUAUCAUCCUUCUCAUCCUCCUGACCUUUGUCGUGUGCUUCAGCCCUUACCACCUCAAUGUGAUGCAGUUCAUGUGCAGGAAGAUGCACCAUGAGGUCACCUGUGAGGAACUGAGGGCCUUCAAGGUCUCUUCACAGAUUACAGUCUCCCUCAUGAAUUUCAACUGCUGCCUGGACCCAGUCAUCUACUUCUUCGCCAUUAAGACAUACAAGCAGCGAGUGAUGAGCCUGUUUCGGGAGCGCUUGUGCACUUCCACUACUGCCACCUCCAGUACCGCUUCAUCCAAAACGACAGCUGAGAACAGCAGCAGCAACAGCUAAGACACCACAACUUGGGACAUUUCAUUUCACUUCUGUUGUAGUUUUGUCCCAUUUCUUCAACAUUACAGUCUUUCAUUUCUACAGCCUAUGGCUUUUGUUGCCUCCACAUUAAAGUAGAUAGUUUGUG